AUGUCUGCCGCCAAACGAACACAAACCAACGAGCCCAUCGCUUUGAUAGGCUCCGCCUGCCGUUUCGCGGGAGGCGCCAACAGCCCUUCUAAGCUGUGGGAGCUUCUCAAGGAACCGCGCGAUGUGCUCAGCGAUAUCCCAGACAGCCGCUUUAGCGCUGAUGGCUUCUACCACAAAGACGGGACGUACCAUGGGCGGUCCAACGUCAAGGCGUCGUAUCUCAUCGAGGAUGACGUGCGAGCCUUCGACGCCCAAUUCUUCGGCAUCAAGCCUAUCGAGGCAGGUGGCAUCGACCCGCAGCAACGUUUGCUGCUCGAGACGGUGUACGAGGCGCUUGAGUCGGCGGGCCAGUCGAUGCACAAGCUGCGUGGCAGCGACACGGGCGUUUAUGCUGGGCAGAUGUGCAACGACUUUGAGUUCCUGUCGUACCGCGACCUUGACGCUCUGCCGACGUAUAACGCUACUGGAACGAACCGCGCCAUCCUUGCCAACCGCGUCUCCUACUUCUUCGACUGGCACGGCCCAUCCAUGACACUCGAUACUGCCUGCUCGUCCAGCCUGUACGCCGUGUACCUCGCUGCCCAAGCGCUGCGCUCCGGAGAGUCGCGCACCGCGGUCGCGUGCGGAACAAACCUUCUGCUUGGGCCCGAGUUCUUCGUCAGCGAGAGCAAGCUCAACAUGUUGUCACCCGAUUCGCGAUCUCGCAUGUGGGAUAGUAAGGCGAACGGGUAUGCACGAGGAGACGGAGUUGCUGCAGUUGUCGUCAAGACACUCUCUGCCGCGCUGCAAGAUGGCGACCACAUCGACUGCAUCAUCCGCGAGGUCUGCGUCAAUCAGGAUGGUGCGACAAGCGGCAUCACCAUGCCGAGCGCAAAAGCGCAGGCUGAGCUCAUCCGGAAAACAUACACCAAAGCCGGCCUCGACUACCGCGGCGACGGCAGGCCUCAGUACGUCGAAGCACACGGAACGGGAACGCCUGCUGGCGACCCUAUUGAGGCAGAAGCGCUCAGUACCGCCUUCUUCCCCGAUGGGAAACCACUGGCUCGGGGUGAAAAGAAGCAGCCCCUUUACGUUGGCUCACUUAAGACGGUUCUUGGUCAUACGGAGGGAACCGCUGGAGUCGCGGCCCUGAUCAAGGCGUCGUUGGCAGUCCAGCACGGCGUCAUUCCGCCAAACAUGCUCUUCAACAACCUCAAUCCCAAUAUCCAGCCCUUCUAUCACAGUCUCGAAGUUCCGACCUCCCCUAUCGAUUGGCCAAUUCUGCCUGCAGGGCAACCACGUCGUGCUAGCAUCAACAGUUUUGGCUUCGGAGGUGCCAAUGCGCAUGCCGUCAUCGAGAGCUACAGUCCGCAGGCUCACAGUUCGCUCGAGGGCGAAUCUGCGCAACAAGCUCCGCUACCCCUGGGCCCGUACGUCUUCUCCGCCGCGUCGGAGCAAUCGCUCGUUGCAAACCUUGAUGCCUACUCUACAUAUCUGGCCGGAUUAGAUGCCGCUACGCUGGAUGCUGGUAAUCUAGCUUGGACUCUGCGCCAGCGUCGCUCUACCCUGCCAUUCAAGGUCGCUUUCCCGGCCAGCUCAAUGGAGCAACUCAAAAUCACUAUCGACGAAAAAAUAGCAGAAGCCAAGUCCAAGAAGACUACGCUAGGGCUGAAAUCGUCGCUGCCGCAGAACAAGCCUCGCCUGCUUGCAGUCUUUACCGGCCAAGGUGCGCAGUACGCCCGCAUGGGCUCUGAGCUACUUGACCGCUCUCCUAUGGCGCGACAGAUUAUCUCCGAGCUCGAGGCGCACCUCGCCGCCCUUCCAGAGUCGGAGCGGCCCAGUUGGUCUCUGGAGCAGGAAUUGCGCGCCGCCCAGGCCACUUCCCGUCUAAACGAGGCUGCAUUGUCGCAGCCUCUCUGCACGGCUUUGCAAAUUGUUCAAGUCGACCUCCUGCGCGCCGCAGGUGUCGAACUUGCAGGAGCCGUCGGGCACUCGAGCGGUGAGAUUGGCGCCGCAUAUGCCGCCGGACUCCUGUCGGCUCGCGAUGCGCUACUAGUGGCCUACUUCCGCGGGCUGCAUGCUUCCAAAGCUGCCAGCCCCAACGGUACUGAUGUCAAGGGUGCCAUGAUAGCUGUGGGAACCUCGAUGGAGGACGCGCUCGAAAUUGUUGCCGAGUUCGAUGGGGCAGUCGCACUGGCGGCUUGCAACUCGUCAGCCAGCGUCACGCUCUCGGGUGACGAGGACGCCAUCGACGAGCUGGCUACCAUCUUCGAAGACGAGAAGAAAUUCCGUCGAAAGCUCAAGGUUGACACGGCGUACCAUUCUAGCCAUAUGGUGCCCUGCUCGGCACCAUACAUUGCAUCCCUCCGCAGCAACGACAUCCAGGUGCGGACUCCCAAUGGCUCCAAGGGCCCGGUUUGGUACUCAACUGUGUACGAAGACCUGAAAAUGUCUUCCCCCGAAGCGAUCACGAAGCUGCAAGACGGCAGCUACUGGUGCGACAAUAUGGUCCGGCCCGUGUUGUUCUACCAGGGUCUUAGCGCGAUACUGGCCUCUGACACAUUUGACCUCGCGCUCGAGAUCGGCCCGCACCCAGCUCUCAAAGGGCCUGCAGCCCAGACUAUCCAAGAGACGCUGAACCGUGAGAUCCCUUAUCACGGUGUGCUUUCCCGCGGCACCCCGGCCGACGUAGCCCUCUCUAGUGCUCUCGGCUUUCUCUGGAGCCAUGAGACCACAUCUCUGUCGCUGGUCAACCUAGAAUCGUUCGAAGCCGCAGCCGCCGCCGCCGCCGCCGCAAAGAGCAACGGCUACCGCUUGGUGAAGGGGCUACCAACGUACCAAUGGAACCACGAGAAGACGUACUGGAGGGAGUCGCGGCACUCCCGCCGCCUUCGCACCCGAAAAGCGCGUGCCAACGCCCUCCUCGGAGCCGUCGAACCUGAAAGCUCGACGACGCAGCAACGCUGGCGCAACAUACUCCGAGAGCGCGAAAUAUCUUGGCUACCGGGUCACCAGCUGCAAGGCCGCACCGUGUUCCCAGCGGCCGGGUAUGUCUCCACGCUGCUCGAGGCUGUGCGCCAGCUCCCACAGGUUUCCGGAAGCGCAAUUCGUCUGAUUGAUAUCUCUAAAUUCCGCAUUUUACAGGCAAUGUCGUUCGACGAAGACGACAGCGGCAUCGAGAUCCUGUCGACGCUUGAGAACAUCCACAAGGACGAUGAGCAUCGAAGCAUUCGGGCACACUUCACGUAUUCCUCAGCUUCCGGUCGAGAUCCCGAUGCCUUUGUUCUAACUGCCAGCGCUGACGUCGAGGUCCUUCUUGGCGAGCCCUCCAAGAGCUUGCUACCAGCCCGACAGGCGGACCCGCCCAACAUGGUCGACGUGACUGACGACCGCUUCUACGGCACUCUAGCUGAUCUUGGAUACGGCUACACUGGACCAUUCCGCGCCUUGUCUAGCCUUCGUAGGAAGCUCGGCAAGGCUGUCGCCCAGGUGAUCAUCCCGCCAUCGGAUGAGAGCACGCUUCUGGUCCACCCCGGCACGCUGGACGGCGCUAUCCAGGCCGUCCUCCUUGCCUUCUGCGAUCCUGGCGAUGGCCUGCUUUGGUCACUACACGUUCCCACACUCAUGGAGCGCAUUCGUGUCAAUCCAUCUCUCUGCGGGUCAGGUUGGGGAGAGGUCGAAUCUGUCCAUGUGGCCGCCUCUAUGUCUGAGGCUGGUGAACCAGGUAUGGUAGGUGAUGUGGACAUUUUUGCCGCGCCAAGUGGCAAAGAUGGGCCGGUUGAGCACGCUGCCAUCCAAGUCCAAGGCGUCCGCACUGUCCCAUUUGCAGGUGCCACAGCCGCGGACGACAACAAGAUAUUCGCCAGAAUGCGCUGGGCCAACGGCAGUCCUGACGGUGACGCGAUGGCAGCUGACGAUGAGACGACGCCGUUCGAGCGAGAUCUUGUCCAGGCUGCUGAGCGAGCCGCCAUCUUCCACCUGCGAAGGUUUGAGCGGGAUCUGGCCCCCGACCAUCCUGCGAGAAGUCACCCAAUCUAUAGCAAUUACCUCGCCUUUGCGCGCCACAUAGACGGGCUUCGGGCUAAGAGUCGCUCCAACUACAAGCAUGCUCACAAGAAGUGCACCGACGACACUCUUGAAGAUGUACUCAGUGCUUGCGAGCCCUUCAAAGACUGCAUCGAUGUUCGUAUCAUCGACAAGGUCAGCGAGGUCAUGUCCCGCAUCUUUGAUGGCGAGGACAUUGCUCCAGAGCAAGCAAUCCCCGCCGAGCUUCUGGCAGAGUACUAUGCCAACGCUGUCGGCCUACGCCAAUCUGGCCAGUGGCUGGCCAGAGGCGUGAAACAGCUCGCCCACUGCUACCCAAACAUGAACAUCCUCGAAGUUGCGGCUGGCACUGGAGCCGCAACUGGACGCAUCUUAGACCAGCUCGGAGUUCAUGGAUUCUCAUCGUAUACCUAUACAGACGACUCGGCCGAAUUCUUCAAAGAGGCCGCUUCCAUGUUCGCACCAUACAAGAAGCGGAUGACUUUCAAGACACUUGACGUGGCGCGAGACCCGGUCUCCCAAGGAUACACUCCCGGGUCAUAUGAUUUGAUUGUUGCGUCGGCUGUUCUCCACGCGACCCCGAGGCUGGAACAGACUCUGCGCAACAUUCGUCGCCUCCUACGCCCCGGCGGCUUCCUCAUAGUCAAUGAAUCCACCAGCGGUACCCUCGCUCGCGAUGGCUUCGUCUUUGGCACAAUGCCGAGCUGGUGGUCAGGCGCCGAAGAAGGCCGCACCCUCUCGCCACUCGUGGCGCCGGAGCAAUGGGAUGAGGCGCUGAGGAACAGCGGAUUCUCGGGCGUCGAUACUAUCACUCCGGAGGCGUUCCAGGAUACGCAUUCUAACACAGUCUUUGUCUCGCAAGCCAUCGACGAUACGGUCCUGUUCCUCCGCGAGCCGCUGUCGGCCGCUGUCCCCGCCACAGUUUACGCCGGUGGCGACGGCGCAAGUCUGGAGGACCUGGUCAUCAUCGGCGGGUCUACGCUGCGUACCGGUCGUGUUGUGUCGGACCUGAAGCGAAUCCUGGUGGCUCACGUCUCGGGUGGCAUCACAUUCUUCAAAAGCCUGCUAGACCUGCCCGCAGACUUCAACCCGUCGCCGAACACCUGCGUGCUCAACCUCUCUGAGCUUGACGUCCCCGUGUUCGAGGAUCUGACAGCCGCUGCUUUCGAAGCGCUCAAGCGACUCGUGGCUGUCGAGCAUACCCUUCUCUGGGUCACGCGCGGCAAGUUGGCAGGCAACCCUGCGGCCAGCAUGAGCGUGGGGUUUCUGCGUACUGCCGUCCAUGAGGUUCCCGGCCUGCGAGUGCAGUGCGUUGACCUCGACCCCGACGCUAGCCACGGCCGGGUGGACGCCUCUGCCCUUGCAGAGACGUUGCUGCGGUUCCGUCACCUUACACGGAUCCAGGGUUCGCUGGAAGCUCCGCCACCACCGCUGUGGUCAGUCGAGUUCGAGAUCGCUUUGAACGCAGAGGGCCACCAGCUGGUGUCGCGCUACCUGCCCGACGAUCACGCGAACAACCGGUUCAACUCGGCCAGGCGGACAAUCACGCGUGAGCUAGAUGUGCGCGAGGCUGCUGCGGAGGUGGAGAAGGACAAGACCGGUGGCUACCAGGUCGUCGAAGCCUCUCUACUCCGAAAUGCAGACAAGCUAGCUUCCGAGCCGGGCAGACGCGCCACGGACUUACGUGCAAUGAAGGCAAUGAUCUCUCCGGUCAAUACUCCGCUUGGUCCGCUCUUCUUAACUCUGGGUCUAGAGGAUGAGGGCUCAGUCAUCCCUGGAAGUCAAAGGUCUGUAGGAUCGCGUCGCUUCCUGGCCCUGGCCGAGUCUCUUGCGUCGAGGUGCAGUGUCCCGAGUUCCGCCACUGCUCUGCUCACCCACCAGGAUGAUGAUGCUGCCUCGUCGUCAGGAGGCAGUGAGGACGCAAAGAUCCUGGCCCAGGUCGCCGCCAACCUCUUCGCCGAGUCCGCGCUUCAGGGUCUCGUCCCAGGUCAAAAAGUCGCGUUCCAUAACGUCACAGGCGGUCUCACUGCCGUGCUUGAACGGCGAGCGGCGGAACAGGGUUUCAAUGCUAUCUUUACAACCAGCGUUGAGGAAACCAGUGAAAAUGACGCAAUCUCGAUCCCGGCUUUCAUGCCUGCCAGAGAAGUACGGGAUCUACUCCCCAGGGACCUGGCUCGCUUCGUUUUCGCGUCGCCCAAUGAUCCAGUUGCCAAGAGAAUCGCGGAGGUGCUACCAGUCAACUGCCGCAUCGAGUAUUUGACGGCCGUUCAGAGUAAAGAUCCGUAUGCAGCCAUGUCUCCUUACCGUUCCACGGCAGAGAGCGCCCACGAAAUACUUGGAAAUAGCCUGAGAACGGCCUUGAACUAUGCUCAAGAAGAUCUCAAGGCGUCCGCCCAUGUCUCGGUCAAUACUUUCAGCACCAGCGACUUGACUGUCGCCGCGCAAGCCAAUGCAGAGGACAGCGACACUAGUUCUACAAUCCAAGAUCCUCUCACGGUGCUCGACUGGCAAGCUACCCCGGUUGUACAAGCCCACGUCAGCCGGCUGGACACCAAGCCCAUCUUUAAAGACGACAGGACCUAUUGGCUGGUGGGACUUUCGGGUGCCCUAGGACUGUCUAUUUGCGAUUGGAUGAUUGCAAAGGGUGCCAAGUACAUCGUCAUCACCAGCAGAAGCCCCAAUGUCGACGCUACUUGGCAGGAGAGUUGCCGCAAGAAGGGCGCGGUUGUGAAGAUAUUUUCCAAUGAUAUCACCGACGGCGAGGCUGUCGAGACAGUAUACAAGAUCAUAUGCGACACUCUCCCUUCCCUUGCUGGAGUCAUGAUGGGGGCUAUGGUCCUCAGGGACCGUCUCGUCCGUGACAUGACAUUCGAAGAGAUGAAGGCCGUCCUUGGGCCCAAGGUGGAUGGUAGUCGCCAUCUUGAUCGCCUCCUUGGCGAUCUCCCACUUGACUUCUUUGUGUACUUCUCUUCCUUGAUGCAGAUUGUGGGUAAUCUCGGGCAAGCCAAUUACACCACUGCCAACGCCUCCUUCACUGGGUUCGCAACGCAACGCCGGAGGAGAGGUCUAGCGGCCAGCGUCGUGGAUAUCGGCGCCGUCGCUGGCGCCGGUGUCUUCGCACGUGGGGCCGGAAACGGCGGCGACCUCAACAUGCAUCUUGCUGGCCUGCGUCGCGUCUCCGAGGUUGAUGUGUACCAAGUCCUCGCUGAGGCCAUCAACAUCGGACACGCCCACCUGCCGCUGGAGUCCGGUGAGGAACCCGCGAUCGGCGUCGGGAUGCGAUUUACCACGCCCAGCGAGGCUUCCCUGCCCAGGUGGUUCGGAAACCCGAAAUUCGAGGCCUUUGUUCUCCGUGAUGAGGACGAUGGCGUGAAUCACGGCUCUGCAAACAAAGGCAGCGGCUCCGUGCAAGAGAAGCUGCUCCAGGCACAGAACAAGACGCAGGUCUUUGAAGCCAUUAGAAACUCAUUCCUCGCCAAGAUCCGGCCGAUGCUGCAGAUCGAUGGUGCCGACGAUGAGGCACUCAUGCAAAUGCACAGCGGCGAGAUCGGUAUGGACUCGCUCAUCGCUGUCGACAUCCGCUCCUGGUUCCUCAAGCAGCUCAACGUCAGCAUUCCGGUCCUUAAGAUCCUCAACGGGGCGUCGAUUGCGGAGUAUGUUGAGGAGGCGGUGGCCAAGAUAUCACCUGAGCUUACCCCAAACCUUGGGCUCGCAACGGGCUCUGGCCCGUCCGCCGCUGACAUCGGACCGGCUGCGCCGCCCAGACCUCGCUCCACCACCGAGUCUUCCGCACCAUCAUCAUCAAGCCCUGACACCCCGGGCACCGGAGCUGCCUCGCAGGUGUCAGAUGAGACGGUGCCGACACCGCCUCCGGAGGUGGCCGCCCACCUCUCGCUCCCGAAAGGUGAGGAGGCCCUUCCGGCGUCGCUCACCGCCGCCGCUCUUGCUAGGCUACCUGUGACACUCGAAAGAUCUAUGAGCCUCUCACACACCCAGUCCAUGUUCUGGCUCAUUCACUCGCUGCUCGAGGACAAGACUACCCUCAACCACACGGGCUACAUUCGCAUGAGGGGGCUGGUUCGUGUGCAGGACCUCAAAGCGGCCGUCCAGAAAAUCUGCAAUCGCCACGAGAGCAUGCGUGCUUGCUUUUAUCUGGACGAGAACAGCACGAAAGGCCGCAGCGAUGACGCAGCCGAUCCGGGCCACAUUGUGAAGCAGGGCAUUCUCAAGACCGGUAGGCUGGAGCUGGAGCACAUGGAGAUCGGAAGCGACGAGGAGCUGGACGAGAAAUUUAAUCAAUUGAGGAACUAUGUCUACGAUCUUUCUGGGGGAGAGUUCAUGCGACUCAUCCUUCUGACGAGGACCGACUUGCCGACCGAGAAUUACUUCAUGAUCGGGGCGCACCACAUCAAUUUUGACGGGGUGUGCACCCAGAUUCUCUUGCGCGAACUCGAGGCCUUCUACACCCGCCAGGCACACCUGACGCUGAGUUCCACGACCAAGCAGUACAGCUCCUUCAUUGCCUCGCAGCUGGACGACGAGAUGGCAGGGGCUUGGGACGGCGACCUUGCCUUUUGGCGUCGCGAGUUUUCGACCAUCCCGGAGCCGCUGCCACUGACGCGCGCGAGGGUGGUGGCGCGAAAGCCCCUGCUGCGGUAUGACGCGCACCGCUUCGACUUCAGGCUUGACCCCGUGCUGGCGGAGCGAGUGAGGGACGUGGCGCGCCGGCACAGGGUCACUGCGUUCCAUUUCUACCUUGCUGCGUUCCGCAUCGUCCUACAGCGGUUUCUCAGUCUCGGCCUCGUUGAUGGCCAGCAGGACGGAGACAGAGAGACCAAUACCGCCCCCCAUGACAGCGAUGUAUGCAUCGGCAUCGCCGACUCCAACAGACACGACGAGGAGACGCUCGGCAGCCUCGGUCCCUACCUGAACCUCCUAGCCCUGCGGUUCCGUGACCGUCCCGCCACGUUCGCCUCGGCACUCACGUCGGCGCGCGACAAGACUUUUGCGGCUCUGGGCCAUGGCGCGGUGCCCUUUGACGUCGUUCUGCGAGACCUGCGCGUGCACCGCGACAUGUCGCACGCGCCUCUGUUCCAGGCGUUCCUCGACUACCGUCUCGGCUUCCCUAACCAGCAGCCGUUCGCAGACUGCACGCUGGAGUUGCUGCGAUUCGAGCCGGGGCGGACGGCGUACGACCUCAGCGUCGACGUCAUCGACACUCCUCUGUACAACGACGCCGGAGCUCCCGGAGGCAAAGCCGGAGGCGAUGCGCUGCUGUCGGUGUUUGGGCAGGCUUCGCUCUACGAGCCGGAGGAUGUUCGUAUCUUCGCGGCCUGCUUCGAAGAUGUCAUCAGGGAGUUUGCGGAGGACCCGAGCAAGGGCUUGGUUGGACCUGGCAGCGAGUGGAGCUAUCGUGAUGCCGACGUGACCAAGGCAUUGGAGCUCAGCAGAGGUCCGGCAUAUGAAACACAAUGGCCAGGCACGUUGGCACAUCGGCUAGACGACAUCGUCGCUGCGCAUGCUGACAAGGUGGCUAUCAAGCUUGUGGGCGAUGAUGGUGAUGAUGGUGGCAGCAGCCUCACCUACAAGCAGCUCGAUGACAAGACAAACGCCAUCGCCGCCACGCUCCUGGACAAGGGCGUUUCCAGAGGCCAAUACAUCGCGGUUCACCAGGAGCCAACGCCGGAUUGGAUCUGCUCAAUGCUAGCUAUUCUCAAGAUCGGAGCCAUCUACGUGCCGCUGGACCCAGGCACUCCGGCUGCUCGUCUGGCCAUGGUUGUCGCCGCAUGCCAUCCUGCUGCCCUGCUCGUUGACAGAGCCACGGCGCCCAACUGCGCUUUCGAAAUCCCGACCGUGGUCGACGUGUCAAUGGUCCCUGCAUCCAACGUCCGCCGGAUACCGCCCGUGCCUAAGGCCGGCGAACCAGCCAUCGCCCUCCACACCAGUGGCACUACAGGAACCCCAAAGGUCAUUGUCCUGACACACACCAACUUAGUCCACGAGAUCGAAACUUCGGUCGAGACAUACGGGCUUGACUCCAACGUCACCGUCCUCCAGCAGAGCGCAUUCGGUUUCGACAUGUCAGUCCUGCAAGCCUUUCUUGCCUUGGCUCUGGGAGGGACACUCGUCAUGGUGCCACGCAAGCUUCGGGGAGACGCCGUCGCCAUGUCCGAGUUCAUCGUCAAGCACAAUGUCACGUACACCUGCGCGACCCCGACCGAGUACAGCAGCUGGCUCCGGCAUGGCGAAUGCGCGGCGCUUCGGCGCUCCCACUGGACCGUAGCCCUCAGUGGCGGGGAGCCCAUCAGCCAUUCAUUCUUCGAUACCUUCCGCGAGCAGCUCGGGGCCAAGCUAAAUAUGCGGCUGUUUAACGGCUACGGGCCAGCCGAGACAACUUGCUGUUCCGCCUCGACUGAGCUCGCCCUCCGCGGCAGCGCAUCUGAGCUCCCGCCAAUCAUCCCGGCUGGACACGCCUGUCCCAACGAGUCUGUCUACAUCCUCGACGAGGAGAUGCGUCCGCUGCCGCUAGGCCUCCCUGGCGAGGUUUGCAUUGGAGGCGUUGCGGUGGCCAAAGGAUACUUGGGCAACGAAGCCCUCACCAGCCGAGCAUUUGUUCCGAAUCCCUUCGCUACCGAAGAGUACAUAGGAAAGAGAUGGGCAACCAUGUUCCGCACGGGCGAUAGGGGCCGCCUCUUGCCUAAUGGGUCCGUCAUCGUUGAGGGACGCAUCGGCGAUGAUACCCAGAUAAAGAUUCGCGGUGUCCGCAUCGAUCUGCGGGAUAUUGAGCAGACGAUCGUCCAGGCCGCGAACGGCGCGAUUGUCGAGGCAGUUGCUGUCGCGCGCACAGCGUCAAAUUCGUCCACUCCAGAUGUCGCAUCUAAUUCCAAGAUCAUUGUUGCCUAUGUGGUCGUUGAUGCCGAGUUCCGCAAGCAUCAGCCCCUCGAAGGGCCAUUGGGGGCGACAUCUAGGGAGCAAGCAUACCUGGCUCGCCUCCUCUCGGGUUUGCCGCUCCAGCGUACAGUCUGCCCUAGUAUGCUGAUUCCGAUCGACAAGGUACCACUCACCACGUCCGGCAAGACGGACAGACGUGCGCUGGCAGCCCUGCCUCUAGACCGGUCCUCUUCAUCCGCAGCGCGGCCACAGAUUGAGACUGAGCCCCUGACAGACAUGGAGCUGCGCGUCCAGGCCAUAUGGGAAUUGGUCUUGAAUUUUCAUAGCGAGCAUCUCAACGACCUUCAAGAAUCAGCUCCCUUCCUAACGCCAGAGACCGACUUCUUCCACGUGGGUGGGACGUCGAUGCUGCUCCUGGAGCUGAGGGAGCAGGUUAAGCGACACCUGGGACUCUUAGUGCCGCUGAUGCAGCUGUUUGAGCAUAGCACGCUAGGUGCCAUGGCAACUCUUCUCGCUGAGCAGGAAGCGAAGGCUCAGGCAGAUAACGACUGGGAAUUCGAGGCAACUCCUUCCGACGAGCUCUACAGGCUGGCCCAAAGCGCCGUCACACGGGGCAUCUUGCCUGAAGGCCACCCACAGGCCGAAGCCAAGACGGUGGUACUGACGGGCGCAUCAGGUAUCCUCGGACGGCAAGUUCUCGAACGCCUCCUGGCCGCUCAGAAGACCGGUGACGUCGGCAAGAUUAUAUGCGUCGCGCUGCGCCGGAUCGAAUCGCGCAUCUCCUCAGGCGUGCUGCCCAGUCCGAUGGACAAGGACGCGGCACAGCUGGUCUACUACGCAGGCGAUCUAAGGCGGGAGCGUCUGGGCUUAGCACCAGCCGAGUGGGCUUCCAUCACGGCGCAGGUGGACGUCAUCGUGCACGUCGGCGCCGAGGUAUCGCACACCAAGACCUACUCCACGUUGAAACCCGCCAAUGUGGCCUCCACCGCCGAGUUGGCGAGGCUUUGUCUCGAGGCGCAGCUGUCACAGGGGCGCUCUCGGCCUGUGCCCUUCCACUUCGUUUCCACGGGUGAGAUCUGCAUGCUCGGCGACGGCGGCCAGCACGGGGCGCUGUACGAGGAGUCCGUCGGAUCUGCCCACGUCGAGCCGGACCAAGACGACGCGGUCGCCAAAGGCUACGCCGCCACCAAGUGGGUGUGCGAGAGGAUGCUGGAGAACCUCGCAGGGGACACGGCGACCAGCGAUCAUCAUCUUCUCGUCUCCGGCAACAACCCGCUCCGCGUCUGGAUCCACCGGCCCUCGAGCAUCACGACGCCGCAGGACGAGUCCGCCAUGGGGCCCGACGCGCCGAUCCUGCCCCGGGUGCUGUUCUACUCGCGCCUGCUGCGGGCCGUCCCUCACGAGAUGGAGGUUGGCGGGCGCAUCGGGGGCUCCCUGGACUUUGUGCCGCUGGACAAGGUGGCGGGUGACAUGGUCGACAUCGUCAUGGCGAGCUGCGGCGAAGCCGCCGCCGCCGCCAACGGGACUAUGGGUGUCAGGAGCGAAGGAGGUGGUGUCACGUACGUGCACCACAGCGGGGGCACCGUCAUGGAGCUGGCGACGCUGCGAGCGUUCCUCGAGGCCGAGGCGGAACAGUCGGAGGGCGGCUGCCUCCAGGAGAAUAAGGCGCGGUUCGAAGCAGUGCCGUUUUCGGAGUGGACGGACAGAGCCGAGGAAGCAGGUUUGCACCCGCUGCUGGCAGGCUUAUUCCGGGGCGUAGAGCAGCAGAGGAAGGCGUUGGUCUUUCCCAGAUUUCCUAAAGGUUCUAGACAUCCUCCCACUGGAUCUGUCUAA